CACUCUUGCAGUUGCUUUACAGCAUUGCACCGAUUCACUGGCAGCCAUUUCUUGAUGGUGGGAUCGUGUGCACAAACAGAAAAAAAAGUGAAACCUUUUGGAUCGCUGUGUUCAGUAGUGUUCUGCUAACACUGUUUCAGUAUAUCCAUCAGUUUUAUUGUUGUACCUAAGGAAUACUUCAAUCGGAACACAUUAGAGGUGGGCAGCAGCAUAGGAAGCAGCGGCGCAGCAUGCCGAGGAGGAAGUGCGGCGCAAUUGGAGCGAAAGGGUCCUAGGACCCAGUUACUUGCCCGCUGUCUGUGGGCUUCAUCAUCCCGUUCUUCCCUCCUCGUUUGAGGAAGCGAAGCGAACAAGAGAUCUACCGCAGACGGAUCGCCUUUCAAUACAAUUGGAAUGGGAUCAAAAAGACCCAUUUCUAACAUGGCAGCAGCUUCGUCAGGAUCGGGACCCACUUCGCUCUUCAUUCUCACAGAAAAGAACAUCAUUCGUCGCUACACGAGAUUUAUAAUCGAAUGGCCUCCGUUCGAGUAUGCCGUUUUGCUUACCAUCAUAGCCAACUGCGUUGUUUUGGCCCUUGAGGAACAUCUGCCUGGAGGAGACAAAACGCCUUUGGCUCGCAAAUUGGAAAAAACCGAGCCGUAUUUCUUGGGGAUUUUCUGCGUGGAAUCCACGUUAAAAAUAUUAGCGCUUGGCUUCGCCUUGCAUCGAGGCUCAUACUUGAGAAACAUUUGGAACAUGAUGGAUUUCGUCGUCGUCGUCACAGGGUCCAUGACCAUUUUCGCCGAGGCAAAUGUGGAAUUCGAUUUGCGUAUGUUACGGUCCUUUCGUGUGCUGAGGCCUCUCAAAUUGGUCUCUCGCAUUCCUAGUUUACAAGUGGUGCUCAAGUCCAUCAUCAAAGCCAUGGCACCUUUACUUCAAAUCGGACUAUUGGUGCUCUUCGCCAUUGUCAUAUUUGCCAUCAUCGGCCUCGAGUUUUACUCCGGAGCGCUACACAAAACAUGUUACAGCAUCGAAGAUUUGAAUGAGAUCCUGGCGGAAGGCGAGUUGGCCACACCGUGCAACACCGACAACGCAACGCAGGCAGUGGCUGGCAGCUAUAUAUGCGAUUACAAUUCAUCGCUGUGCCUGGAGAAGUGGGAGGGUCCUAAUUUUGGCAUUACAUCCUUUGACAAUAUCGGAUUCGCCAUGUUAACUGUGUUCCAGUGUAUCACUAUGGAGGGUUGGACUUCCAUACUUUAUUGGACCAACGAUGCCCUGGGCAGCUCGUACAACUGGGUGUACUUUGUUCCUCUCAUCGUCAUCGGAUCAUUUUUUAUGCUCAAUCUAGUACUCGGUGUACUUAGCGGGGAAUUUGCCAAGGAGAGGGAGCGCGUAGAAAAUAGGCAAGCUUUCUUGAAAUUGCGCCGUCAGCAACAACUGGAGCGCGAACUCAACGGCUACGUUGAAUGGAUCUGCAAAGCAGAGGAAGUGAUUUUAGCAGAAGAACGAACAACAGAGGAAGAGAAGCUUCACAUCAUGGAAGCCAGGAGAAGAGCAGCGGCGAAGCGGAAAAAGUUGAAGCAUUUGGGUAAGAGCCGAAGCACCGACACUGAAGACGAGGAAAACGAAGACGAACCCGACGAAGUGCCUAAGAAAAAAGGGUUUAAAGGUUUUUCUCGUGCCUCCUAUCUCAAAUCCAAAGUGAAAAACAAAGGAGCCUGCAAGCGAUUUUGGAGAGCCGAAAAGAGAUUGCGGUUUAAAAUCCGGCACACCGUAAAACAGCAGUGGUUUUAUUGGUUUGUCAUUGUUUUGGUGUUUUUCAACACGGUUUGCGUGGCUGUAGAGCACUACAAUCAGCCUCCGUGGCUGACCGAAUUCUUAUAUUACGCUGAAUUUGCCUUCUUGGGUUUGUUCAUGACGGAGAUGUGCAUCAAAAUGUAUGCGCUUGGUCCAAGGAUUUACUUUGAAUCCUCGUUCAACCGGUUUGAUUGCGUUGUCAUCAGCGGUUCGAUCUUCGAAGUGAUCUGGUCCGCAUUCAAAUCGGGUUCUUUUGGUCUCUCUGUGCUGAGAGCUCUUCGGUUACUCCGUGUUUUCAAAGUCACCAAGUAUUGGUCGUCGCUACGAAACUUGGUGAUUUCGUUGCUGAGCUCCAUGCGAUCAAUUCUCUCUCUUCUGUUUCUACUUUUCUUGUUCAUUCUCAUCUUUGCUCUGUUGGGGAUGCAACUGUUUGGCGGCGCUUUUAAUUUCCCCGAAGGCACACCACCAGCAAACUUCAACAGCUUCCCAAUUGCCUUGCUCACCGUUUUCCAGAUUCUAACGGGCGAGGAUUGGAAUGAAGUCAUGUACCAAGGCAUCGAGUCUCAGGGAGGGUCGCGACGGGGAAUGAUCUACUCUCUCUAUUUCAUCAUUCUCGUCCUCUUCGGAAACUACACUCUACUCAACGUCUUCUUGGCCAUUGCUGUUGACAAUUUGGCCAAUGCUCAAGAACUGACGGCCGCUGAGGAAGAACAAGAAGAGGAAGAUAAAGAGAAACAGCAGCAGGAGCUGGAGAAGGAGAUGGAAGCACUUCACAUGGGCAGCGAUGGCUCGCCAAAACUGGACACAACAUCUCCCUCUAAAAAAGGCAAAGGUAAACGGGGGCACAAAUCCGAGGGAAAUGGUGACGCUAAGACUGGAGACAAUGUCGACGACGACGACAUUAUGGGGCCCAAACCAAUGCUGCCUUACUCCUCCAUGUUUAUAUUGUCUCCAACGAAUCCGGUCCGGCGCGCUGCUCACUGGGUGGUGAACCUGCCUUACUUCGAUUUUUUCAUCAUGGUAGUCAUCAGUCUGAGUAGCAUCGCCCUCGCCGCUGAAGAUCCGGUGGAAGAGGGAAGCUUCCGAAACGACAUCCUCAAUUACUUCGAUUACGCAUUUACGGGCGUCUUCACCGUCGAAAUGGUUCUGAAGGUGAUAGAUUCUGGCAUAAUACUUCAUCAAGGCAGCUAUUUGCGAGAGAUUUGGAACGUCAUGGAUGCUGUUGUGGUCAUAUGCGCUGCAGUGUCCUUCACGUUUGACAUGAUGGGAAGCUCGACCGGUCAGAAUUUGAGCACCAUCAAAUCGCUGCGAGUGCUGCGAGUGCUGCGUCCACUCAAAACUAUAAAGCGCGUUCCGAAGCUAAAAGCUGUCUUCGACUGUGUCGUCAAUUCACUGAAGAACGUCUUCAAUAUCCUCAUCGUUUACAUGCUCUUCCAUUUCAUUUUCGCCGUUGUUGCCGUCCAACUGUUCAACGGCAAGUUCUUCUACUGCACAGACGACAGCAAGCACACGCAGGACGAUUGUCAAGGGGACUAUUUCACAUUCGCCUACGAUAAGCGGCCGCCAGAAGUUAAGCGGCGCGAGUGGAAAUCGCAGCUAUUUCACUACGACAACGUCAUGGCAGCCAUGCUAACUCUGUUCGCUGUCCAAACCGGUGAAGGAUGGCCUCAAGUGUUGCAGAAUUCCAUGGCCGCAACGCAAGAGGAUCAUGGUCCCAUCCUUCAUUACCGGAUUGAGAUGUCCAUUUUUUACAUCGUCUACUUCAUCGUUUUCCCUUUCUUUUUCGUCAACAUCUUCGUAGCCCUCAUUAUUAUUACCUUCCAGGAACAGGGUGAAGCAGAACUUCAAGAUGGAGAAAUUGACAAAAAUCAGAAAUCGUGCAUCGAUUUCGCCAUCCAGGCCAAACCGCUGGAGCGCUACAUGCCGAAGGAUCGCGAGAGCUUCAAAUACAAGAUAUGGCGAGUAGUCGUUUCUACUCCGUUCGAGUAUUUCAUCAUGACGCUUAUCGUCCUCAACACGCUCCUGCUAAUGAUGAAGUACUACAAGCAGAGCGUCCUGUACAAGGAGACGCUGCAUUACAUGAAUACAGCCUUCACCGCACUGUUUAGCAUUGAGUGUAUGCUAAAAAUCAUCUCAUUUGGAGUGAGGAAUUUUUUCAAAGAUCCUUGGAACACUUUUGACUUCGUCACCGUCGUCGGCAGUAUUAUUGACGCACUCGUCGUCGAAUUCGGGGAAAACUUCAUCAAUGUUGGCUUUCUACGGUUAUUCCGAGCAGCGCGUUUGAUCAAACUUCUCCGCCAAGGCUAUACGAUUCGUAUUCUUUUGUGGACGUUCGUACAGUCGUUCAAGGCUUUACCGUACGUCUGCUUACUGAUAGCCAUGUUGUUUUUCAUCUAUGCCAUCAUCGGCAUGCAGGUGUUUGGCAACAUAUUGCUGGAACCUGGAACGACGCACAUUCAUCGCCAUAACAAUUUUCGCAGCUUUAUUCAAGGCUUGAUGUUGCUUUUCAGGUGUGCAACAGGAGAAGCUUGGCCCAAUAUCAUGUUGUCAUGCAUCCGCGGGCGCCAGUGCGAUCCAAGAGCUUUAAAAUUCGAGAACGGCCAGGUCAUCGAGGACAAAGAGUGCGGCUCCAAUUUGGCCUAUGCUUACUUCGUCUCUUUUAUCUUCCUUUGUUCAUUUCUGAUGCUGAAUUUAUUCGUAGCCGUCAUUAUGGACAACUUUGAUUACCUUACACGUGACUCUUCCAUUCUUGGUGCACAUCAUUUGGAUGAGUUUAUCCGGAUAUGGGCCGAAUAUGAUCCGAACGCAACUGGAAGAAUUCUUUACACGGAAAUGUUUGACAUGUUGAAAAAUAUGGACCCCCCACUUGGCUUUGGCAACAAGUGUCCCUACCGCCUUGCUUAUAAAAAACUUAUUCGUAUGAACAUGCCAGUAGACGCCGAUGGAAAGGUCCAAUUUACCUCAACGCUGUUUGCCCUCAUCCGCGAAAAUCUCAGCAUUAAAAUGAGACCGGCUGACGAAAUGGACGAAGCGAAUCAAGAGCUGCGCGUGACUAUCAAAAAAAUCUGGCCGUUACAAGCUAAAAAAGUUCUUGACCUAAUCAUUCCACCAGAUAACGAACUAAAUACGGGGAAGUUGACAGUUGGUAAGAUUUAUGGCGGAUUGCUCAUCUUGGAAAACUGGAAAACGACGCGAUUUGGACAAAUUGAAGCCUCUGCAUCAACGAAACAGUCGCUCUUCGAACGGUUAAUGGGAAGUAUGGCCCGCACGGGCAGCAACAAAGGCUCGCUAAGUCACCCUUCUCAUUCCCAUUCUCACCCUAAUUCCAACUCCGGUUCCACCACCUUGGCAAACCACGGCAGUGGCGGACAUCACAAGGAAGAGAAGGAGGCUAUCACGGUAAUCGAUCUAGUACCCGGAGCCCCUGCACCUGAUCGCUUCGCCGCAGUCUUCGCCAGCCAGCCAAAUUCCUCAAGCUCAAACAAGGCCCUUGAAAUCUUGACGGAUCAACUUGAUCACCAACAGGAUUCACGGCCACCGUCGGUUGAAUCCGCAAGCAAGGUGAUGCAUCGGCUCAAGCCGGAAACUGAGGCCGGCGUGCAUACGAAUAGCCGGGCAUGGUCGCCUUCGCCUUGCGCCUUGCGUCGCUCGCAUUCUCCUCAACCUCGUUACAGGAGAGACAUGUCUCCCUUGCCUCCACGUCGGGCUCAUGAUAUCGGCUUCAGCGACGCUGUUUCAGACGUCGUGGACAUCGUCAAGCACGAAACUAGCCGUAGGGGAAGAGCAAGAGCCAAGCUGCGUGGCGAUGAAUACAGCCUUUCUCGGUGCAGAACACCAACGCGUCAGGAGAGGCAUUUACGUUCUCGAAUGAUCCAUCCAUCUAUGGGUCCGGACUACGAAAGUCAUCAUUACCGAUCCGUUUCCAACAGUCCAGACCACUUUAUUGACGAAAGAGUUUCUCCUGUCCCUAGCCCUAUGCCGGCUCGUUUGCCACCGAUACCUGUCAAAAGAGGCUAUCGUUCAGCCACUAAUAGUUUAGAAGAGAAUCCUUCAAGAAGUCCAACGCCGGAGCAUUUUCCCCCUUACAGUAACAACCAUGGUUUGGUGAAAGAGGGUAGUUUGAGUCAGCAUAGUUAUCCAACCCUGCCUCAACGUCGUAGCGGUGGGAGACGACUGCCACCUACACCGAGAAAUCCGUCAACGCUGAAUUUUGGCGUCGCCGGAGCCGUUGUCAUGGCUACUCAACGUUCAACUCGCGAACGGUCCCCUACAUCUGGUAAUUUAGGAGGUGGAGUUAUGGGACCCGGCGGAACCAUUAAUUUUCCCAAACUAAGUCCUUCUCCAACUCACCCUACUCGAACCCAUCAUUUGCCUGCCAUUCCCAGCGGACAAAUGGGCCGAUUGCGGGAUCGCUUACCUCACUUACCAGGAGCCUCGUCACACCAGAGAUCUAGUAAUUGUGGGGUACCGCUUAACAAUGACGACGAAGAGGACUACAUGCCACCGCCCCGUUUAGAACCACUCAGUUUCGAACAGGCCCUCGCCAUGGGACGUGGCGUAGGUGGGGUUGCUCGACAACUGCCAUCACCUAUGCCAAAUGGCUAUAAGCCUGGCCAGUGCAGCACCAUUGAUCCCCCGUUAGCGCCGAGUGAUCGCAGACUAGCUGAUCGUCCCCCAGUGGCACAGAGGUCUCUAUCCAAUCGAACCCUCCAGCAUCAUGCCGUGGAGGGACGCAGUGAUUCAGACGAGGAUGAUUGGUGUUAAAAGUAGGCCAUUAUGUGAAAUCAAACAAGGUCUCGAUAAUCGAUCGGGUUCUGGUCCUCAAGUCACACACUGAUUGUUUCCUCUGCGCUUCAACCCCUCGCCUCAAUCCAAUUCUCCAAUCUUAUUCAAUUGGUCCACAGCGACCCCCUAUCCGACUCGGUUACAGCUAAAUGAUAGCGUGACCCUGUCAAGAGUCUGUGCCUAACCAAACCCCCAUCGCCUGAUAAACUUGAGGCCAAUAUGUCUUUUCCGUUGGUUGCGUCAGAGCUGGUGCGUUUGUAUCGGUCAGUCAUUUAUAAAGUGUUUGUGUGCUUUAAACGAGAGUAUUACGCCAAAAUUUAUUGACACUUUACCUUGUGACCUUCUCCCUUUUGUUCAGUCUUCAGCAUUUUCUUCUAUAAUUACCUUUCCAUCUCUCUCUUUUUAUCUCUUUGUAUCUCUCUUUUUCUCUCUAUCUCUCCCUGUUUGAUAUUUACCUCUGGUAAAUGGCAAUGUAAGAAUUUACCCCCAAAUUCUACGGACCAACAUCUUGCAUGUAACUCCGACUAUUAUGUAUAAAUAGUAAUUUCUCUUUUGAGCCAUUUUUUAAAAUAAUUACAUACCCUGCCACUCAUCCCACCACUGGAUUAGCUUUUUUUUUUUUUCCUUUUUUCCAAGGAUAUUCUCCCAUCCAAUUUGUCGAUGUUUCUUCUCCGUUUCCGCAUUAGAACUCAUAUCUUUAAAACACAGUCAUAACUUCAUGCAAGUUGCCACGAUCUGCUCUUUCGGUGGUUGGAUAUGUACCAUACAUUGAAUUUUUAGA